UGCUAUUUGGCUCCACCAUUUCUCUUGCAUACUUUCACGCUUGUCAUGAUAAUGGAUGUUGCCAAAGCUUUCUGAGAAACUGGAGAAAAAGAAAGGGGUUCAAAUUUAUUCCGACUGGAACCCUCCCUUCUUCCAACCCCCCGCCCCCCUCCGUGUUGUCACAGUUGCUUGAUCCGUGUUUUGUUAAUGAACAGGAGGGGUUAUUUCCAAUGGAGUGAUCUGCAGGGUCAACAGUGUCAUACCAUACUUCACUGCCCUUGACAAGGAGCCAUGGUGCACCGACAGGGACUGGCUAAGACUGAGGCUUUGAUGGGGAAAGUCGCCCUCACGGGUGAUCCCAAAGCAGAGCAGGACUCUGGAGUGGAGGAUGAGGAUAGUAACCAUGGCAACGACUUUCCAUAUGGAUCCCUUGCCCGGAUGAAAGACUCUACCGUGUUCAUUGCCUUCCAGGGAAAUAUGGAGGAUGAUGAUUUCAAAGAGAAAUUGGACAACAUUUUAAAUAAUGUGCCUGAUAUGUUGCAACUAGACUCGGAGAGGCUGCAGCCCAAACGCGUGGAGCCAUGGAACAGUGUGCGUGUCACUUUCAACAUCCCGCGAGAUGCGGCAGAUCGCUUGCGCCUCCUGGCACAGAACAACCACCAGCAACUGCGUGAUCUGGGAAUCCUGUCUGUCCAGAUUGAGGGGGAAGGUGUUAUAAAUGUGGCCAUGGGGCAAAACCGAGGUCAGGAGGUCAGGGUGAAUGGACCACUUGCUGCAGCCAAUCCGAUGAGGAUGGAUGUGGGUUUCCCAAUGCAACAAGGCCCUGGAGGCUUGCGGAUGAACAACCCCUCAGUUCCAAUGGGGCCCCAAGGGCCAGGCAUGUCGGGUCAGGUUAUGGUUGCGGGGGGCAGCGGGCAGAUGCAGACGAGGGCUCCCCGACCUCCUUCCCAGACUGACUCAUUGGACCCUAUGCUGUCAGGCCUGGCCAUGCAGCAACAGCAACAGCAAGUUCAACACCCACAGCCUCCCCAUGGCCCAACCCCCAUACCUCCACAGGGUCACCACAUGCAAGCCAUGCAGGCCAGCCGCCAGCUCAACCCAGCCACACUGCAGCAGCUCCAGCAACAGCACCAGCAGCAGCAGGCUCAGCUUGCGCAGUUAGGCGGUGCUCGCCCCCCAUUCACCCAAAAUCAGAUGCCUGUCCCAACUGGCUGGAACCAGCUGCCAUCUGGGGUCCUGCAGCCCCCUCCAGCCCAAGGCCCCAUGGGUACAGCCUGGAGGAAGGGCCCCCCACAUGGUCAGAUGGGACCACGUCCUUCUCUCGCAACAGUCCAGACACCAAGCCAUCCUCCACCUCCAUACCCUUUUGGCAGCCAGCAAGCUGGCCAGGUCUUCAACACCAUGGGGCAGCAGCAGCAGCAACAACAGCAGCAGCAGCAACCAGGAAAUCCUCAGUUUGCCUCACCCCAGCCAAAGUCGCUCCAGGGACCACAAGGGUUAGGUGGGCCAAGGGGGCCACCUCCACCUUCGCCCCAGUCUGCAACUCCACAGGGCCACCUCACUGCUAAGUCCCCUGUUUCCUCCCCUUCUCCCUUCCAACAAGGCUCUCCUGGAACUCCCCCAAUGAUGGGUCAGAACCAAGGCCAACUGGGCCCUCGUUCCAGCACGCCUCAGGGUUUUCCUCAGGCUGUAAGCUCUCCAGGUAGGGCGGUGCUGGGACAGCAGGGGAAUGUGCAAUCUGGGUUCAUGGUUAUGUCCCAGCAGGGUCAAGUACCCCACCCUGGAAUGGGAGGCAUGUCCAAACGUCUCCCCUUGGGGUACCCAAAUGCACAAGGUAAUCAGAACUUCAUACAAGGCCAGUUGACACCCAGCUCAGCAGGGACUCCUGUGUCAAGCACCAAUUCCCAGUUGCAGAGUAGUCAGAACAUUCAACAUACAGGUGUUCAAGCCACUACUUCAGGACCAAACCACAUGCAGGGGUCCCAUAGUCAGCCUAAUGCUAUUCAGAGCAACAUGAUGGGCAUUCACAGUGGUGUGGCUAACCAACCUCCAGGAACCACUGCUGCAGGAAACAUGGGGCCGUCCUCACAGGGUGUCCAGCCUCAGAUGAUGGGAAUGCAGCACCAGCCCAUCUCCUCUUCACCUAGUCAGAUGGUACAAGGCCAAGGUGGGGGUCAGACAGUUCUAUCCAGGCCACAGCUUGUCAACCAGGGACAAAUGCUGAUGGGUGGCCAGAACAUGGGCCCGCAGCGAGGGAUGACCCCUCCCAAGCAGAUGAUGCCCCAGCAGGGUCAGGCAAUGAUGCAGGGACAUGGCCAGCUUGGUGGAACACAGGGGCACCAAGCAAUGUUGCAGCAGCAGCAGAAUGCUAUGAUGGAGCAGAUGAUGGCCAGUCAGAUGCAAGGAAACAAGCAGUCCUUUGGGGCUAAAGGUCAGGCUGCUGUCAUGCAGGGUCAGAUGAUGCGGGGCCCUUCGCCAAAUGUGCAGGGUAAUCUGUCCCAGUUCCAGACUCAGGUUACCCAGCAACAGCCACAGCAGCAGCAGCAACAACAGCAGCAGCAACCGCAGCAUCUGCAACAGCAACAUCAGCAACAGCAGCAACCCCAGCAAGUUCCAAUGAAUGGCAAUCCUAACCAAGCCAUGGGCCUCCAUGGACAACAGAUGAGGCUUCCAGGAGGCCACCAUUUGGUUCAGCAGCAGCAGCAGCAACUUCAGCAGCAGCAGCAGCAGCAACAGCAGCAGCAGCAACAAAAACAACAGCAACAAGUUGUUCAGCAGCUGCAGCAACAACAGCAGCAGCACUCCCAGCAGCUUGGAGAUGCCAGCGGAGGCACAGGAGAAAUGGCCCUACAGCAAAUGCUACCUGAAAUACAGGCCCAGCAGCAACAGAUGAUGGUGGGUGGUCAGCACGUGCAGGUGGGCAACGGUCACUUCCCUGCCCACGGGAUGCCCUUCAACCCCCAGUUUGGUGGACAGAUGGGUAUGGGAGGCCCAUGUCCUCAAGGAGGCAAUUUCCCAGGAAACAAAGAUGUUACCCUCACAAGCCCCUUGCUGGUCAACCUGCUGCAGAGUGACAUUUCGGCUAGUCAGUUUGGUCCUGGUGGAAAGCAGGGAGGUGCUAACCAGGCCAAGCCCAAGAAAAAGAAGCCCCCGCGUAAGAAGAAGGCCAAAGGAAAUGGUGGACUGGUGGGAGAGCAACCCGACCACAUUAUGAGUGGUCUUGACGUGCAGCCACCUGGGAUGGAGGAUCCUGAAGCACAGGGCUUGAGUGGGGAUCAGAGCACUGGAAUGGACCCAAUUGGCCAAAAACUCUCGGACUUCAACAACAGGCCAUCAGGGUUUCCAGGUCAACCAGGAGACCAAAGGACCCUGCAGCAAAUGCCAGUUCAGUUCAUACAGCAGCAGCAGCAGCAGCAACAACAACAACAACAACAACAACAGCAGCAGCAGCAACAACAACAGCAGCAGCAGCAACUGCAGCAGCAACAGAUGCAGACCAUGCAGGUACCACCCGGUCAGGGAGGGAUGAUUCCCCAAGGUCAGCCCCAGAUCCAUCAACAUCAAUUACAGCUACAGCAGCAACAACAACAGCAACACCACCACCAGCAACAACAACCACUACAACAUCAACAGCAGCAGCAGCAGCAGCAACAACAGCAGCAACAGCAGCAGCAGCAGCAACUGCAGCAGCAGCUGCAGCAGCAGCAGCAGCAGCAGCAGCAACAGCAACAGCAACAGCAGCAGCAUAUGAUGAUGAUGCUCAUGAUGCAGGAAGCUAAGAACAGGAUGCCUGUGCCACAGGGUGGGCAAACACCCAGGGGCCUCUUAAAUCCAACAGAUGGGCAGAAAAUGCCUGUUUCUCAGCAAGGCAGCAUGCCAGUGAUGAUCAAUCUCCAGGGGCAUGGUGUCCCACCUUCCCCAGAAAAGGUCAGGGGAGGGUCCCUCAUGGUCAACCCUCAGUUAGCUGGCAGUGCUCGGAGGAUGCCAGUCCCUGAGGGACUCCAGGGAGGUCCACCACUCAGCUCAGAGGAAGUUGCUGGCAUGCACGCCAUGCAGGAAAGAUCAGCCCAUGAAAUGGUUCAACAGACUGGCAGCAGUGCUCCUCAGAUGGUCCUUAACCAAGGCCCUAACCCGCACCUGAUAAAGUCGGGGCCUUCACCUGUCCCGCAACAUCAGGGGGCGAGCCCUCAGCAGCAGCAGCAGAUGCAGCCCCAGCAAGCAGGUCCUAUGCCAGUCUCACAUGGCCUCCAUUUUCCUAGCGUGCCCACCACUUCACAAAGCUCCCGACCUAAGACCCCCAAUCGAGCCAGCCCCAAGGCAUACCACCACCCACUCACUCCCACGAAUCGCCCUCCCAGUACAGAACCCUCUGAGAUCAGCCUGUCCCCUGAGAGAUUAAAUGCAUCCAUUGCUGGGCUCUUUCCACCCAAGAUAAACAUCCCCUUACCUCCCAGGCAGCCUAAUCUGAAUCGUGGUUUUGACCAGCAGGGUCUCAAUCCCACAACCCUGAAAGCUAUUGGACAGGCACCACCUAAUCUGACUUCUUUAACAAAUAAUAACAACAGUGGCCAGCAGACAUUCUCUACAGGCAACAGCACAGCUGCUGUAAGUGGGAAAAUUGAUAAGCACCCCACUGGUGGCCCAACAAAAAGAACCAGUCCAGGCAACAGUCGGCGACCCAGUCCAGCCUUGAACCGUAAAACUACACCCAGUCCAGGGAGGCAGAAAGGACCCAAGAUUGCCCUCACCUCUCCCCCACACCAGCAAACCAUCGUUAACCCUCAAAACGUCAUGGUUAAUCCAUCUCAUGUCCUCUCUAGCCCAGCUGCUAUUUCACCAGCUCAGCUGGACCUACAGCAGGCUCAGAUACCUUUACAAGGUAUCCAUUGUAAUACCCCUGAAAUUAAUCAAGUAACCUCCGUAGAGCAGCGUCAAUUGGUCCAGCCUCAAAGAGAUUCUCCGCUGUCAAAGCUGACUAGCUUGCAUGUCUCCCAGGAGCUUAAAGUUGUGAUGGAAGAACCAGCAAGGGAUGCAUCUGUGACAGAGAAGGUCCAGGCCCAGGUGCCAACCCAACAGGAACCUAAAUGUAAUUCUUCACUUGUACUCAGGGAGGCCCCAACCUCUCUGAAUCAAUUGCUGGAUAGUUCCUGUGCCUCUACAACUCCCCUGAAGCAUACCCAGGACAGUUUCCCUGAAGGAAAUCAGAGCCAGGGAGAGAGCCCUCGUCUCUCCAUGGACCCAGAGACUCAAAGAAAUUCAAGCACUUCUCAGAGCUCUGAAAUUGGUGCUCCCCCUAUGCCAAACGACCCAAAUGACCCGAAAUCUAAGCUUAGUCCAAUGCCAAGUCCCAAAUUCAACCCAAAUGCCAGUCCCAACAUUAAGAUUAACGUCAGUCCUAAUACAACCUUUAGUUCUAGUCCCAACUCAAAUGUCAGUUCCAGUCCCAAUCCAAACCCCACCAUGAACCCAAACUCUGGCCCUAACUCCUUGGCAAAUGUUUCUGCAGUCUUGCAGAGGGCUUCUUCAUCUGCCACCAUCUCUCCCAACCAGAUCACUGUCUUUGUUACUUCCAACCCUCUCAGUUCAGCCACCACAACCUCCCACGUAGCCCCUGCUUUGGUUUCAACUGUAGUUACUCUUCCUAAUAAAAAUAUUAGGUCUCAGGAGGGGCGGCAAACAUCGACUCCAGCUGGUGCUAACACUCGCCCCGCCCAGUUCCUCACCACCCCUGUGUUCAUAAAUUCCAUCUUUCAAGUCCCUGCCUCUUCCAUGCCUCCCAACACAAAUGUAAUGUCCCAGCCAGGAAACAUGGUGGGACCAAUUCAGAUGUCAACAAACAUACCAGUCGCACCAGCAGUGACUACAGCCCAGCCCUCCCCAGGUAACACGGCGAGCAGCCAAGCCGGUCGUGCAGUUGUUGGACAGGUUCAGAGACCCUCAAGCCAGACAACCACCAUGAGUUCACUGCCCCAGCCUCCUCAACAGCUACUCUCUGGGACCAUUAAACAGGAUAGCAGCUCUACCGAGACACCUGUGCUGAAGUCAAGCCCUGUCGGUCAGCCAUCUCCCCGCCCCAACCCCCCCUUCUCCCAACCCCUAGCAUCACCUCCUAUCUGCUCCAGCCCAGGAACUGCUGUUAGUACCCGGGGGAGCCCUCUGUCUCCAACAGCUGCUUCUGCCAAGGGCAAACCAGGGCAAGAUAUUGUCUCUAAGAGAGGCACAACUGGGUCUGACCCUCUGCAGAAAGCUAGUGGCCCGCUGACUCAGCCCCUCGAGGCCAGAGCACAGCCAGAGCAAGCUUCCGGGAGCACAGCCUCUCUGGAGGCUGCGGAUGGAAAUGUGGCCACGGCCCCUGUAAAACCCCCCACUUCUUCCGUCUCCACCCCCACCCCUGUCCAUGUCCCCACUCCUUCCGUUUACUCUCCAGCUGCCCCAACAAAACCUGGGCCUCCUAACGCAUCAGAUGGCUCUCCAGCAACAGCAACACCACCUGACCCCAAGGGGGGACAGAACCCUACCACAGUGAUGGAGAUCAGCCAGCCAGCUCCACAGAAUGAUGCACCUGAAGUCGUGGGACUGCCUGAGAGUAGCCAGAGUGCUGUGUCGGUUCAGUCUGAACCUCCACAGCAAGAAGGAGGACCUACUUGUGAGAAAACUGGAGAUGAAGCGGCUACUGUAACUGAGCAGGGAUUGGUAAAGAAAAGAAAGACGCCCGUCAGCCUUGUCUCAAGGGGAGCCCCAGAGAAGGUGAAGGGCCCAAGCCGGCGCAGUUCGCGAGCGGAGAAGGAGUCCGAAGAAGGGGCCACGGUUGCACUGGAAGCAUCUGACAAUGGGCAGAGGAAAAGGACAGCAAGGCCAGGAUCCGCCUCCUCCACCGUUGCCACCACUGUCAAAGAUGCAAACACCCCCAGUCCUACACAGGCCAAGCGAAGGAAAUCAAAAUGACACCUGUACUAUUAACCUGUGAAUUGUAAAUGUUUGUGAAUUAUUUUUUUGCCUUUUCCAUGUGUUUUUUAAUGGAUUAACCAUGUACAGAUAAUUGUUUUAAUAAGAAUUAUGAUAUUGGUGUUUGUCUCCCGCUGCAAUGUGAGGUUUUAUUUAGACAGUUUUUUUGAUUUUUUGUUUAUGUUUCAAAUGCUGGAUUAAUUAUGUUUAGGUGCCUGGUAAUGAAAAAUGUCACGUCUGUAUUGUAUAAUUUUGUCGCAAAGCUGAAUUAAAUUUUCUACUACUUUACUCCUGUGAAUAAAUGGAUGAAGCCGGU